AUAUAAUUUGUUGUAACUUUUAUUUAACAAAAAGCAAGUAGGAUUUGAAUUGAAAUAAGUUUUUGGAAAACAUUAAAUUUUUGGUACAAGCUUUUAUCGCUGACUGUACUUUUCUUAUCACAUGCAACUAGUGCUCAUCAAGACAAUUCUAAAAACCCUAAACACAAUUAGGUUGUGUUAUCGAUCACAGAGUUCCUUAAGCCACGUCCUGUCUCCAUCAUCAGAUCAGCUUGAUGGUACCAUAAUAUUGCAUUGUCACCCGACUUACAUAUGUAUGCAAACUUUCAGCUUCAUCGGAAAUCGGGAAGUGGGUCAAAUUUAACUUGCAAGAUUUGGCCCUUACAUACAUAGGUUCAUUGCAAGUUAAAUAAAAGCUUGUAAAAAAUACUUACAUAAAUAGAAAACAUACUGCUGCUUCGUAUGCAGGAUCACUACCUACUAGGCUAGGCCGUCAAGAUAGAACUAGGUACAGACAUAAACAAACUUAAAGCACAGUACCCUCUUUUCUUCACUCGGUCAAACAUGUAGUAAGCCAAUGAACUUGAAAUUGUCAUAUCAACCCGUCCAGACACCAGUUAUCUUCAUAAUAACUCACGGGCAUAAUCAGAUAACUCCACGACUAUAACUCAUUCGUCUCCCGUCCGUCGGUUCAAUCGGUCCUAGUCAAUAUCGAAAGGUCCUUACAGACCGUAUCUGCUAGUAUCUUCGAUGUACAAAAUAAACGAAAUGUUGCUACGGCUAUUCCAUGUGUCUGCCGCGUCGCUGUUCUGGUAUACUGCGUGGUAUGACCAGAACUUCAUAAAUGUACCUUUCCCGAAUGAGAAGUAUGCGCAAUAUGCUUUGAAAGGGAGAGUUACUUUCCUGACGUUCUGGUGUUUGGUACUGCAAACACUCUAUUUCACCGUCUCCGUUCUGAAUGACUACAUCGGCACUAAUGUAGAUAACCCAAAGCAGAACUUCAUCUUACGCUCCAUCAAGGACAAGCUGUUCAUCCUCGCCUUCCCCGUCGCCCUCUACGUUACCUCGUUCUUCUGGGGCAUCUACGCCAUCGACAAAGAACUCAUUUUCCCUGACUGGAUCGCGAAGCUUAUCCCCUCAUGGGUCAACCACACCAUGCAUUCUUUAGUUCUUCUCUUCAUCGUUUUAGAAUUAAUCAUAAAUUACAGGAGAUACCCGUCUAGGUCUGUUGGGUACUCGAUCGUCGUUUGUUUCAAUUUUAUAUAUACGUUUUGGUUCCAUUGUGUUUACUAUCAGACUGGGGUUUGGGUGUACCCUAUUUAUGGUGUGUUGAACUGGCCGGCUAGGAUAGGGCUUCAACUGGCCAGUACUACUUUAGCGCUUGGAUUUUACGUGCUGGGUGAGAAGCUGAAUGAAUUUGUGUGGACGAAAGUUGAUAAGCAGAAGGUGAAAAGCAAAUGAAUAAUUUAUUUUAUUAAAUGGAAGUAUAAUUUAAAAACUAAAAGUCCCAAAGACAUGCAUAUACUGUAGAUAAUUUAAGAAAGAAAGGUUGUUUGUUGAAGACCGAGCUGGCCUAUGAAGUCUAUGGUCCUGGGUUCGAAUCCCGGUAAGAGCAUUUAUAUCUGUGAUGAGCCCAGAUAUUUGUUCCUGAGAAAUGGGUGUUUUAAAUGUAUUUGUAUGGGCCAGUGGGCAAGAAACAGAAUCUCCUCGGGCAGAACUGUUGCAAAAGUGUCCAGCUGUCAGCUAUAAUCAUAGUUCCAAAUCUCUCCAGAGUAGCGCAAGAGUAGCUAAGAACCUAGGCGUUAUUGACGGACUGAAGUGCGCUGUCUAUGAUUAGAUUUUUUUCUCAAGUAUUCUAGGUAUUGUAGCGCCACCUAUUUAUCGUUGAGAGAUUGAUGGAGAU